AUGGUGGCCACAACAACACCCUGUCAUGUUCCUGCUGCCAGCCAUAAGCCCAGUCAAGUCACAGUUGAUGCCAGUAAUGAGUCAAGCCAAGUUACCGCUGUAGAACUUCCAGAGGUGGCAGUAACCGCUGCAGAACCUCCGGAGGUGUCAGUGUUCCCACGGCUAUGGCGCUGUGUUUACCAAACCGUCAAGAAGCACAAUCCCAAUUUCACUUUCCUGCAGUGCACCAGCGCUUAUCCACUGCCACUAGAGCACGUCAACCUCAGCCUGAUCCCUGAGCUCCAGAAGGAGUUUCCAGACAUUCCCAUAGGAUACUCUGGACAUGAGACGGGCAUCCAUGUGUCUGUGGCUGCUGUGGCACUCGGGGCAAAGGUCCUGGAGCGUCAUGUGACCCUGGAUAAGAGCUGGAAAGGCAGUGACCAUGCAGCAUCACUGGAGCCGGCCGAGUUGGCGGAGCUGGUGAAAGCCAUCAGGACGGUUGAGAUGGCAAUGGGCUCGCCAAUCAAACAGAUGCUGCCCUGUGAGGCUUCCUGUCACAGCAAGUUGGGUAAGUCGGUAGUGGCCCGUAAACCAUUGCAGAAGGGUGAGAUGUUAACUCUCGACAUGCUAACAGUAAAAGUGGCCGAACCGCAUGGUGUGAGACCAGAGAACAUCUUCAAACUGGUUGGCAAGAAAAUCCCGGUGGACCUGGAAAAAGAUGCCACCAUCACUGAUGCCAUGAUAAAAGGCUGAUGAUUAUACACUCCGUAACCAAAGGAGAAAUUAAGGGGUCUUAUCAUACUAUUAUUAAUAACAUUAACAGUAUAUAAUAAUAUAGACUAUAUAAAAUCAGCCAUUAUUAAAUUACUUUCAAUGAGGGGGUGAUAUAUUCUUAGGCUAUUGUUUGACAUCAGAAAUAUGUAAAGAUGAGGUCUUGUAUAUUAUAGGCUACAACUACUAUAUUACCAUUGUAAUUGUGGAGAAUGAAGACUUUGUCAAGUAAAAUCUCUCUUUCAGUGAAUUUCAUUUUAACGAAAAAUCUUCUUAAUGAAACUGAUCAUUUAAUGUGUAGGCUAUGAAACUAUGGGUUUAUUGUAUAUUGGUGCAAUG